ACCACGCCGAACGAGGAACUCAACACAUCAUGGUUUCCUUCUAAUGUUUCUAUAUAAACUGGCAUCACAUGAGAAGGGUUCUUUCAGAGCGAUGUUGAAUAUCCUUAGAAAGGAAAGAGAGAAGCGAGUUUGCAUAAUCUUGAGUUAUGUCCCCUCCUCUUUAUAGUGUCCUUCUUGAAGAUGAAAAUUCAGUGUUUCUUCUUGAUCUUGAUCUCUCCUCCCCAAUGGGUUUCCAUGCCUAUCCUCAUCUACCUAUUUUGGAUAGCAGUAUUGCCAAUUGGUCCCUACCCUUUUCAAUUUCCGAUGAAACCUUUAGGGAGAGCAAGAAGCUGAAGAGAACCAUGAUCCCCAUUUCCUCUGCAGAUUUCAGCAUCUCCUCAUCAAGCAGUCUGAGUGUGAGUGUGAAUAGCAUUCCAAGGCUCAAUUUCAGAGACCACAUAAGGACUUAUAAGAGAUACCUUGCUGCUGAAGAGUUACCAGAAGAUACCAAUAGUUCUGAAAGUGUUGUUGGAGCUGAAGAAGAUGGUUGUGCUGAUGGAAUGAGGCUUGUUCAGCUCCUAAUCGCUUGCGCAGAAGCGGUGGCUUGUCGCGACAAGGCACAUGCUUCUAUGUUGCUAUCUGAGCUUAAAUCCAAUGCCUUGGUGUUUGGAUCAUCAUUCCAGAGAGUUGCUUCUUGCUUUGUGCAAGGCUUAGCAGAGAGGCUAACUCUGAUUCAGCCAAUUGGAAGUGGUGCAGGAGUUUCACAAUCCAUGAUGAACAUCAUGGAUGCAGCCUCAGAAGAAAUGGAAGAAGCAUACAGGUUGGUUUAUGAGACAUGCCCACACAUUCAAUUUGGACACUUUGUGGCUAAUUCCACUAUAUUGGAAGCCUUUGAGGGUGAGAGUUUUGUCCAUGUAGUGGACCUAGGCAUGAGCCUCGGUCUACCUCAUGGACACCAGUGGCGGGGACUGAUCCACAGCCUCGCUAAUCGUGCCAGCGGACACGGUCGUGUUCGCCGGCUCAGAAUCACAGCGAUUGGACUAUGCAUUGCCAGACUCCAGGCCAUUGGUGAUGAACUCUCGGAUUACGCAAACAAUUUGGGCAUUAACUUGGAAUUCUCCGUGGUGCAGAAGAAUUUGGAAAAUUUGCAACCUGAAGACAUCAAGGUGAAUGAUGAUGAAGCUCUUGUUGUCAAUAGCAUUCUGCAGCUGCAUUGUGUGGUUAAGGAGAGUCGUGGCGCUUUGAAUUCGGUGCUUCAGAUGAUUCAUGGGCUCUCACCAAAGGUUUUGGUGAUGGUGGAGCAGGAUUCAAGUCACAAUGGACCUUUUUUUCUUGGGAGGUUUAUGGAAUCACUACACUAUUAUUCUGCUAUCUUUGACUCAUUGGAUGCUAUGUUGCCAAAGUAUGACACUAAGAGGGCAAAGAUGGAGCAGUUUUACUUUGCUGAGGAGAUAAAGAACAUUGUGAGCUGUGAGGGGCCAUUGAGGAUGGAGAGGCAUGAGAGGGUGGAUCAGUGGAGGAGGAGGAUGAGCAGGGCUGGGUUUCAGGCUGCACCUAUCAAGAUGGUGGCUCAGGCUAAGCAGUGGCUUCUCAAGAACAAGAUUUGUGAUGGAUACACUGUUGUGGAGGAGAAAGGGUGCUUGGUGCUUGGGUGGAAGUCAAAGCCUAUUGUUGCAGCUUCUUGCUGGAAAUGUUAAAUGAUGAAUCUUCAUUCUCCUGCAGUUUGAUGUGUGAAAUCAAUCCAAUAAGUAACAGUUUCAUUGUGAAGUUGUUGUGUGCUUGCUUAAUUUGUUUUUUAUUUAAAGAAAAGUGAAUUAGGACCCAAAUCAGUGAUUUGAAAACGCUCUGGUGAUUCGAAACCACUCAAGUGAUUUCAAAGCAGUGAAGAUUGGGGGGUGAGAAUAAAUCUUUUCCUGUAAGUAAUGCUAUGUUAUAGCUGCUUGGGAUAGACCAGAAAUAAACUGAUGUCUUGUUGUUUGGUGUGCA